CUAUGUCAAUAAAUCUACCGCUCAGGAGAUGGGUUUAUUCUGGGUGGCAGAUAACGGGACCGCAUUCAUGAAAGCAGACGACACAUCGGUAUUGCCAUUGGGGGUUACUCGCGCCAGUAUCAGAAUUACUAGUCAAAAGACAUACAACACUGGGCUGUUCAUUUUAGAUCUUAACAGAGCGCCCUGGGGUUGCGCUAUUUGGCCCGCUUUCUGGACUGUUGGAGGCAAUUGGCCACAUAAUGGUGAAAUCGAUAUUUUGGAAGGAGUACACGAUAACGAACAUAAUCAAAUUGCAUGGCAUACCGACCCAGGAUGUCAUCUGGACACCAACGCUACCUUUACAGGUCAAGUUCCGAACAAUAGUACCAAUUGCGACGCAAACGUCAAUUCCAACAGUGGCUGCGACGUUGUAGAAUGGAGUCGCGCUUCUUACGGUACAUUUUUCGAGUCUCAGGGAGGAGGGAUCUUAGCUAUGAAAUGGGACGAGAACGAUAUCUCGGUGUGGUCAUUCUUUCGUGCUGCAAUCCCUACAGAUGUUACUGCGGGAACGCCGAAUCCUUCUCUAUGGGGACCGCCGUCUGCAAUGUUGAUGAACACCAAGUGCGAUAUCCCAAAAUAUUUUACAAACCACUCCAUUGUUUUUGGCGAGUACUAUGGCUUCUAUUUUACCGCAAUACACAACAAAUUAACCAAUGUUAUUCUAGAUAUUACAUUUUGCGGUGACUGGGCCGGUAAUUCAUAUGCUACAAGUGGCUGCCCUGGAACUUGCCCUGAACGAAUGACGGACCCUACCAACUUUGAGAAUGCAACUUGGAGCAUUAACUCGCUCAAGGUCUACCGAAAACAGGUUCUGGCGGGAAAGGACACUUCCGGUGCACGGUCAACUCGGCACAUUAUGCAUUCUGUAGUUGGAAAGGCUCGUUAUUUGCUCGGCCCAGUGUUUCUGCUUUUGGCAUACGAGCUCUGGUGA